UGAAACAACAGCACUUGGACCUCAGGCAUAUCCCCAAACAGAAGAUGAACCGAGCUCUCUUGCUUCUCGUCGUGGCAGCAGCGUCAGUGUCGGCUGCCCCCUCCACAUGCUUAUCGGCGCUGUCAUCUGCCCACAUGAAGCUAGUGGAGUUGGCAGCUGGGACUUGCAAAGAAAAAUACUGGACUGCGGAUUACUCAUUCAGUAGUGACCGAAACUGCUCCUAUAUGUAUGGCCUAGCACCGCACAAUGUCGAAUUCUGUGACCCGAUUGUGAUGAAUUACAUGAAAUGCAUCUUAAAAACUUCAGGACUUCUUAAAGCCGACGGCUCUUUCGACGACACGGCCUUCAAGAAAACAACGUUGCAGAACAAGUGCACCUCGGACACUAAGUUCUCAACCGCGUACCAGCCUUGCAGGGACUCAACCAUGAAAUACUUGAACUAUCUUCGGUUCGUCUAUUGUCUACAUGGUAAAUUUGAACCUAUAACUUAAAUGAAACGGAAUUAACUCUCCCGGAACACGGCGUACUGAAAUCAACCGGAACACGACUGAAAUCGACAUUAAUAUCAGAAUGAAUUUCUAUAUCAAGUGUGACUAUAUUAUCCACGUGUUCAUAAUGUAAGGAAGUGUUUUGAGUAACAAUCUUUAUUGAUGGUCGGAAAUAUAAUCCAUGAAAUGCAA